UGCCAGCUGCAAACUGACUGCCACAGAGAGCAUGCAGAAUCAGUACCACUGCACAAUCCAUUUAGCCAGCCAGAUCUUGGAAACAGAUGGUUAUAGAGUCUCCCUCCAAGGCAACUUCUUUGGACGUAAUCACACGUACAUUACCUUUCCAGAGUACAAUCCCCGCAAGCACAUAAAACUUGAUCCACCUUUGAACAUCCAGAGCAACGCCACUGCCAGCAAGUGUCAGAUAUGGUGGAGUGUGCCUUGGUAUCUCGCUGACAUUCUUCAGUAUGAGUUGCAGUAUAAGGAGUACAGCAUGUCCUGGGAGGUAACUGGAUGAGGCACACACUGAUACUGCC